CAAAAAUCCAAUACACAGAGUAGAGAAAUUUAGAGAGAGAGGGAAAGUAGAAAGGCGAUGGAAAGCAAUGAAUCCUCUUUCUCAAGCUUCAAAUCCUACCUUAAUGCCCUCCGCGAUACUCCUCGCCGGCUCUCCCGUCGUGCCGGAUCCGUCUCCACCACCUUUGACGAAACAAGCGGUGUCAGAUUCCGCUAUGGUGGCAAAAUGAGGAAGAGUCUCCGUUGGUACGAUCUAAUCUGUUUUGGUGUCGGAGGUAUGGUCGGCGCCGGCGUCUUCGUCACCACUGGCACCGCUAGUCACGACAAGGCUGGCCCCGCCGUCGUCUUAUCCUACGUCAUUGCCGGAUUCUGCGCCCUACUUUCCGCUUUCUGUUAUACCGAGUUCGCCGUGCACAUGCCCGUCGCAGGCGGUGCCUUUAGCUACAUCCGAGUCACUUUUGGCGAGUUCACGGCAUUUUUAACCGGAGCGAAUCUGAUAAUGGAUUACGUUUUGUCCAAUGCCGCCGUAGCGAGAAGCUUCACGACCUAUCUCGGAACAGCCAUUGGUGUUUCCGCAGAGUCCAAAUGGAGAAUAACCAUUUCUUCUCUACCAAAAGGUUUCAAUCAAAUUGAUUUCAUCGCAGUCGUCGUCAUAUCAAUCCUCACUAUCAUCAUCUGUUACAGCACGCGAGAAAGCUCCGUGUUGAAUAUGAUUCUGACUGCGCUACACAUUCUGUUUAUAAUGUUUGUGAUCAUAAUGGGGUUUUGGAAAGGAGAUUCGAAGAACUUCACGAAGCCAUCCGACCCGAGUCAUCCGAGCGGGUUCUUCCCAUUCGGAGCUCCGGGGGUGUUCAAUGGUGCUACUCUGGUUUACCUGAGUUACAUUGGUUACGACGCCGUAUCGACGCUGGCUGAGGAGGUUAAAAACCCGGUAACCGAUAUCCCUAUCGGAGUUACUGGUUCCGUUAUCCUCGUUACUGUUCUAUACUGUUUAAUGGCGACUUCAAUGUCGAUGCUUCUUCCUUAUGAUCUGAUAAACCCGGAGGCACCAUUUUCAGGGGCAUUUACAAUAAAAAGAAACGGAUGGAAGUGGGUAUCCAAUGUGAUAGGAGUUGGAGCCAGCUUCGGGAUCCUAACCUCCCUACUGGUUGCAAUGUUGGGCCAGGCCAGAUACCUCUGUGUAAUUGGCCGGUCCAACAUUGUUCCAAUAUGGUUUGCAAAAGUCCAUCCAAAAACAUCAACACCCGUGAACGCAUCCAUGUUUCUUGGUAUUUUCACGGCUGCCAUUGCCCUUUUCACCGAGCUCGAUGUCCUUCUCAACCUUGUUUCCAUUGGAACACUUUUUGUCUUCUUAAUGGUCGCAAAUGCGGUAAUCUACAGACGUUAUGUCUCAAAUGACACCCGUAGCCCAUGGCCCACAGUGUCCUUCCUUUUAAGCUUCUCGUUCACUUCUCUUAUAUUCACUUUACUUUGGUGGGUGGUGCCGGGUGGUACACCUAAGGUGUUUGUGCUUGGGGUGUGCUCCAUGGUUGCUAUUGGAUUAGUGGUUUUGUUUAAUUACGCGGUCCCACAAGCAAGAAAGCCCGAUUUUUGGGGGGUCCCGUUGAUGCCAUGGAUACCAUGUGUCUCGAUCUUUCUUGAUAUAUUCUUGUUGGGAAAUCUUGAUGGGCCUUCUUAUAUACGGUUUGCAGUCUUUUCGGCUCUAGUGGUAGUUGUAUAUUUUGUUUACAGUGUUCAUGCUAGUUUUGAUGCCGAGGAAGAAAGGGUUUUGAGCCAAAAGAGUGAUGAGACUAUUGAUGUCGAGGAUCUCACUAGCAUAGGACCCAAAGUGCAAAAAGAAGCUACUCUUUUUGCUUAAUCUUGCUUUUUUGACCUUAAAAAGUAGUAAAAUUAUGG